GAAUGUAUCGAUCGUCAAAGAUAAUUAAUUUCAGAGGCAAAUUAAGAGAAGAGACCGAAGACCCAGAUCACGAUGGAAGGGAUAGAGAUGUUGCCAGGAGACUGUGUAUCCGCAAUUCUUGCUAACACUUCUCCACUGGACGCAUGCAGAUCUUCGAUGGUGUCGUCCACCUUUCGUUCGGCGGCAGCGUCCGAUGUUGUUUGGGAGAGGUUCUUGCCGGCCGAUUACGAGGAUGUUGUCUCAAGGUUGCUCACCCCUUUGACGUAUGCUACGAAGAAGGAGCUUUUUCUUCUUCUUUGCAGUCCGGUUCUCAUAGAUGGUGCUAAAAAGAGCUUCAAGUUAGAGAAAUCAUCUGGAAAAAUAUCUUAUCUGCUGUCUGCAAGAGAACUUUACAUAGCAUGGAGCAACGAUCCAAUGUAUUGGAGCUGGAGAUCUAUACCUGAAUCAAGGUUCUCGGAAGUGGCUGAGCUCAGAACAACAGAUUGGUUAGAAAUCCAUGGCAAAAUCAAGACAGAAACUCUGUCACCAAACACGACAUAUGUUGCUUAUCUUGUAAUGAAAAUAUAUGAUCGUGCGUAUGGGCUCGAUCCAAUACCGUCUGAAAUAUCAGUUGCAGUGGGCGACCAAAUAUGCAAGGCCACGGCUUAUCUACGACGUCGGACUGGUGGAGAUGGCAAGAAACAACAAAUGGAGUCCCUGUUUUAUAUGAACCGCAUCGAAAUGUUGAGAAAGAGAGUGAUAGAUGAAGGAGAUGAACGGCUCCCGAGUGAGAGAGGAGAUGGGUGGAUGGAGAUUGAGCUGGGAGAGUUCUUCAAUGGCGACGAAGAUUCUCAGGAGGUGACGAUGAGUUUGAUGGAGAUAAAGGGUUAUCAAUUAAAAGGAGGACUUGUCAUUGAAGGAAUCGAAGUAAGGCCCAAAGACUAGUGAAGAAUUUUUUGCUUUGAUUUAUUGAGGGAGAAAAAGAGAAGUAGAAAGGGUAUAAUAGCAAAUAAAUUAAUUAUAAUUAUGGGUUUUUUUUUUUUUUAGCAAGUGUUUUAUUCGAUUCUUUCAUAUUUUUUUUUUUUACUUAUUUACAUAUAUAGGUUAAAGUGAAUACUGUAAGAUUUGAGAAUUCAAAAGAUUUCUCCAUGUAAAUAUUGUGGGAUCCAUGUAUUGUUGUUUAUAAUUGUUAUACAACCAUACAAUUUAUACUGUAAUAAUGAGAGAUGUUACAAUUAUUAAUCUUCUA